AUGAAGUGGCAAUGGCGAUGUUCCAUUUGGAGAAUUUGGAUGAUACAAUUCCUUUUUUUGGCUUCUUCCGUUACUUUAUCAUCGAAAGAAAUAACGGGAGAAUGGUCAGAAACUACAGAAUUUCCUGAUUGGGAAACUCCUCAAACCCCCUUUCCAUUAUCCCCUCAAUCCAUAUCUACUACAACAACCGUCGUCGCUCCAGGAUCGUCCAAUUUAUUUUUUCCAACAAUUGAUUCCGUCAGUUCUCUUUCGCCGAACGCGUAUCGAAACGACGAACCCACCGUUCGCCACGAUGAUAAAGUCUAUGAAUUUAAAUUUACCAAGGAAAGUUAUAAUGCAACCAUACCGGAAAAUUCCCCUUGGAAAACAAAUGUCGUUUCGGAAGAAAAAAUGGGAAUAUACGUGCCGGAUGAUUUGGAAAAAAUACAUUUUAAAAUUGUCAGCGGCGACAAAGAUAAAUUUUUCAAAGCCGAAGAACUCGUGGUGGGAGAUUUUUGCUUUUUAAUUAUACGGACGAGAACGAAUAUGAAUGACGUGUUAAAUCGUGAAAGAAAAGAUAAAUAUAUUAUUGAUGUUAAGGCGACGGGAACAAUCGGGAAAAAACCCGUCGAAACGAACACCGUGGUUUUUAUAAACAUAUUAGAUGUGAACGAUUUAAAACCUUUAUUUUUUCAUAGUAAAUACGAAAAAACAGUACCGGAAGACAUGCCCCUUCAUAAAAGCAUAUUGAAAGUUUUAGCCGAAGACGCCGAUUCCGGUCGAAACGGUGAAGUGUAUUAUAGCUUUGCGGAACGAACGGAUCAAUUUAGCGUUCAUCCUACGACGGGAGUCAUUUCUUUGACUCGACGUUUGCGAUAUCAUGACAAAUCGAUGCACGAAUUAACAGUGAUCGGACAAGAUAGGGGAUUCACUUCGAGAGGUGCCACUUCCAGACAAAGCACUGCCAAACUCAUAAUAAGAGUCCAAGAGGUCAACUUUUGCGUGCCUGAAAUAUACGUUCAAACAUUGACCGACGUCGAAGAAAAUGCAAAUUUCAGAGUUGCCGCAUUUGUCAGGGUCAUAGAUAACGAUAAAGGAAUUCACGGUGCGAUCAAAUCCUUGGAUAUCGUCGACGGAGAUUCGGACGGUCAUUUUAGAAUAAAAAAAAUCGACGACGGCGAAUAUAGCAUAGAGCUUUUAGAAUGCAUAAAUAGAGAUAAUCAUCCUAAAUUAUAUAAUAUAACACUUAGAGCCGUAGAUAGUGGAACGCCCCCUAAACAAAGUUUCAAAUCCGUUUUAUUGAAAAUAGCCGGCAUCAACGAUAACAUACCGAUAUUCGAUAGGGAAAUAUACGAAGUAAACAUUCCGGAAAAUUCACCCGUUAAUUCCCCCGUUAUCCGACUUAAAGUGGCCAAUCCCGACGAAAGUAAAAAUGCAAAAGUCUUUUUAGAAAUAGUCGGUGGCAACGAAGGUAACGAAUUCUAUUUAAAUUCGGAAACGGGAAUGUUAUACACGGCAAAAAUAUUAGAUGCCGAAGAAAAAUCAUUUUAUACGUUAACGGUGUCGGCCAUCGAUCAGGGCACCGUAAGGGGAAGGAAACAAUCGUCGGCUAAAGUUAAAAUCAACGUCCUUGACAUGAACGACAACGAUCCGACAUUUGAUACCUCCGAAAUGAACGUCGUCAUCGAUGAAAACGAACCCGCGGGUACUACGGUUCUUAAAGUAACUGCCAAGGACAAAGAUUUCGGGGAAAACUCAUACAUUUCAUAUAGCAUAGCCAACCUUAAUCCAGUGCCUUUCGAAAUAGACCAUUUUAGUGGAAUCAUUCGGACAACGCAAGUUUUAGAUUACGAAAGCAUGAGAAGGAAUUAUAUUCUUAGAAUAAGAGCCUCCGAUUGGGGCCUUCCGUUUCGGCGUCAAACCGAAAUGCAAGUUAAAAUACGCUUAAAAGAUAUCAACGACAACCGUCCACAGUUUGAAAAAGUAGAAUGUACAGGUCACGUUCCGAGAUACGUUGCCAUCGGAACAGAGAUAUUGACGUUGUCGGCCAUAGAUUUCGAUGCAAGUAACAUAAUAAGUUACAGAUUAAUUUCUGGAAAUGAAGAUAAUUGCUUCGCUUUAGAUUCGACGUCCGGAAUAUUAUCGGUCACCUGUGAUCUCAUGGACGUGCAAGUGAGCGAGAGAACUUUAAACGUCACAGCCACGGAUGGAACUCAUUUCGCCGAUGUUAACAGAGUGCACAUGUAUUUAGUUAAUGCGAAGCGAAAUUUGCCGGGACACGGAAGGUUCAUAUCAGACGAUAUCGGAGCCUUUGAAUGUAGAGACACGGGUGUCGCGAGACGCUUAACUGAAGUCUUAGCUGCCGCCGAAAAAAAUAACAUGCCUCUCCAACACCAAGAAGAAUUUGCCAUGAUGCCGAGUCGUUACGGAGAAAACAUACAUUCGCCGGAAUUCAUUAAUUUUCCUUUGGAAAUAAAAGUCAACGAGUCGGCUGCUCUGGGAACGCGUUUAACUACCAUACAAGCUCGCGAUAGAGAUUUGGGAUACAACGGAAAACUUGUUUUCGGUAUAUCGGGAGGGGACCAAGAUUCCGUAUUUAAAAUAGAUUCCGAUACUGGAGAAUUAAAAGUCAUUGGUUACUUAGAUCGUGAAAGAACGGAUGAAUAUCUUUUGAACAUAAGCGUAUUCGACUUGGGCCGACCUCAAAAGUCUUCCUCUAAAAUAUUGCCAAUAACAAUUUUAGACAUCAACGACAAUCCUCCGAUUUUCGAAAAAUCCGUCGCGAGUUUUAGAAUACCGGAAAACGAAGCAAAUGGCACGGCCAUUUUCAGAGUCAACGCCACCGACAAGGAUUUGGGAAAUAACGGAAUCGUGUCAUAUCAUUUGAUAACGGAUACGAAAGAUUUUUCGGUGGAUCCCGUUCAGGGAAUUUUAUUCGUAUCAUCGGGUUUAGACAGAGAAAGACAGGAUUUAUACGAACUUAAAAUUCGUGCCGUAGACGGAGGUGAAAAAGACACGGGUAAACCUUCUCUCUAUUCGGACGCCAUAGUACAAAUACAUAUUGACGAUGUUAACGAUAAUGCUCCCGUGUUUGCACUUCCUUCGUACACCGUAAGAAUCAGAGAAGAUGUGCCCGUGGGUACGGUCGUGGCGGUGGUCAGUGCAUCCGAUCCCGAUUUGAGAGAAGGAGGUGAAAUACGAUAUUUUAUAUCCGCGGAAACCGAUGGCGAAGGCCUUUUCACAAUAGACAAACAAUCUGGUACGAUUAGAACGGCAAAAGAACUUAAUUUCGAAUUAAGGCAAAUCCACAAUCUUGUGGUGAAAGCUCGGGAUAAGGGAUCCCCGCCGCUUUUUUCGGAGACUACAAUAAUCGUCGAAGUUGAAGACGUUAACGAAAAUGCUUACCCGCCUGUUUUUCCAGAUUUUGUAGUGUCGUGUUCCGUAAAAGAAAAUCUACCGGUUGGAACUGUUGUGACGACAGUUCAAGCUGUUGAUCAGGAUCCACCGGGAGAUGAUUCCAAGGUUUCAUAUUAUAUAAAAGGAGGAGACGGUGUCGGAUAUUUUUCCAUAGACGAAAACGGACAAAUAAAAACUUUGGCAGUUUUUGACGUCGAAACAAAAUCUCAUUAUUGGUUGACGGUUUAUGCGGAAGAUCACGGAGUUAUACCAUUGAGUUCUCGUCUCGAAGUAUACGUGGCGAUAGAAAAUGUCAAUGAUAAUUCUCCAUUGACGGAUGAACCUAUUUAUUAUGCUUCAGUUCCGGAAAAUUCAGAAUCUGGAAAAUUAAUCGUUGAAUUAAGUGCGACAGACGCAGAUUUGGAUCCGAAUAAUAAAAUUUUUUAUAAAAUAACUGCUGGAAAUCCUCAGAGUUAUUUUACCAUCGAUUCUAUUUCAGGUAUAAUAAAAACUACGGAAAGAAAAUUGGAUAGAGAAAAUCAAUCAGAACAUAGUUUAGAGAUAACAAUAACAGACAAUGGGACGCCUCAACUUUCUUCAACAACCAAAGUUAUCAUUUCUGUUAGUGACGUUAACGAUCACGCUCCAGAAUUUAAUCAGCCAUAUUAUAAAAUAACAGUUCCAGCAACGACGAGUAAUAAUAAUAACUUGGACGAUGAUAUUUAUCAGGUUUUAGCUUACGACAAAGAUUCCGGUCCAAAUGCGGAUAUUGUAUACAGUAUUAAAUCUGGAAAAGGAAAAGGAAAAUUUAAAAUUCAUCCUAAAACUGGAAUGGUUUAUUCAAUGAAAGAAAUUUAUCCAGGACAAGAAUACGAAUUCAUGAUAAGAGCAUCAGAUAAUGGAAUCCCGCAGAAAAAUUCAACAGCAAGAGUUUCGGUGACGGCAAUUCCCGUGAAAUCAAAUUCUGAACAUCCUCCUACCAUUUUAAAUCCUGAACAACAAGUACAAGUCACUGAGUCGGAUGAUGUCGGAUAUUUGGUUGCAUUGAUUCAAGGAUCCGACAAAGAUGGCGACAAAUUGUGGUAUAAAAUUGUCGGCGGAGAUCCUAGAAAUGAAUUUUUUAUCGGUAGAGAAACCGGAAACAUUUUGUUAGCUAAAACAUUAGACUGGGAAACACAACAUUAUUAUAAUUUAACCAUAAGUGUCACAGACGGUUUUCAUUCAACAUACGGUCAAGUGUACGUCAUGGUGAUAAACAGCAAUGAUCACCGUCCGAAAUUUUCAAAAAAUACUUAUUUAGUAGACAUAUCAGAAAAUGUUGAACCAGGAACGGAAAUAUUAGAAUUAAUUGCAUCAGACGAAGAUGAAGAUGAUAAAUUAUUUUAUUCCCUUCAUGCUAGCAGAAGUCCGACUUCGUACGACAUUUUUAAAGUUGAUAGCCUGAGUGGUAUCGUUAAGUUAGCGGCACCACUUGAUCGGGAAACCAUGGAAGAACACGUUUUAAUUGUCAUGGUUAAAGAUCAAGAUACUCCAUCAAAACGAAAUUAUGCAAAAGUUAUUGUUCGGGUACACGAUCACAAUGAUCACGCUCCUGAAUUUGUGAGUCCGAUAAUUCAGGCAAAAGUAUUUGAAACUUCAGAAGUAGGAACGAUUGUUGCUAAAAUUCUUGCCAUAGAUAAAGAUAAAGAACAAAAUGCUAAAAUACACUAUUCUAUAAUAUCUGGAAAUGUCGGAAAUAUAUUUUCGAUUCAUCCGCAAUUAGGGGAUCUUCAAGUUUAUCGUUCUUUAGAUUCUUCUUCCGCUUCUGAAUUUAUGCUCAACGUAAAAGCAUCCGAUGGUGGAAAUCCACCUCUUUCUUCGACUAUACCCGUUCAUGUUAUGGUUACUAUGGCUGACAAUGCACCUCCCAAAUUCACGAAAAACGAAAUAGCAGCAGAAAUAUUUGAAAAUAAACCGAUUGGAACUUAUGUGACCCACGUUCAGGCACGAUCAGCUUCUUCUCUUUUUUACGAUAUCAUAAAGGGUAACGAAAAUGACAUGUUUUUAAUUAAUCCAAGCGUUGGAGUUAUUUUAACAAAAGGUAUUUUGGAUUAUGAAACAAAAAAAUUGUAUAAUUUAACCGUCGAGGCUGUGAAUCUGGCUAGCGCAAGAGUAACGUGUCAAAUUAUAAUUCACGUCUUGGACAGAAAUGAUAAUGCUCCUAGAUUUUUACAAGCAUUUUAUCAGGGUAAUAUUAGCGAAUCAUCACCCAUAGGUUCUUUGGUACUCACAACUGAUAAUUCUCCAUUGGUAAUCAAAGCCGAAGAUGAAGAUUCUGAAUUGAACGCUUUAUUAAGUUAUGAUAUCGUUGAAGAUUUACCGAGAAAAUUUUUUCACAUCGAUUCAUCAACCGGAGCCAUUCGAACUGUCAUGACGCUCGAUCACGAAUCCAUUUCGACUUUUAUUUUUCACGUUAAAGUAUCGGAUGUAGGAAAGCCCAGAUUGUCGUCUGAGAGUACGGCUAAAGUUCAAAUAACCGUCAAAGACAUAAACGAUUGUCCUCCACAUUUUCAAUAUAACGAAUACAAUUCAACUCUUUUACUUCCGACUUAUAAAGGAAUCGCUUUGAUACAAGUCAACGCAACGGAUGAUGAUUCUCCAGAGAAAACUAUCCUUCGCUACGAUAUAAUCGAGGGAAAUAAAGGAAAUACAUUUGUUAUAAAUUCAAAAACCGGAAUGAUCACCGUUCAAGAUGUCGGAAACAUGAAAAAAUUUUACAAACUCCACGUACGAGUAUCGGAUGGAAAAUUUUCAAAUAUCUGUUACGUUAACGUAAAAGUUGAAACUUCCGAAAAUUCCGGUUUGGUAUUUCAAAAACCAAUAUAUCACGGAUCGGUUUUGGAAAAUUCUACCAAAGUGGUCACGAUAACCGUUGUCAACGUACUCGGAAGUGCCUUAAAUGAACACGUCGUUUUUACAAUAUUAAAUCCCACCGAAAUGUUUGUCAUUGGUCGAACGAGUGGUGCCAUUCGAACGACGGGUAAAAAAUUCGAUAGAGAAACAAAAGAUAAAUAUGAGCUUAUAAUCGAAGGAAGGAGCAACGAUCAUGAGAAAGCAAGAAUAGCUCACGUCGUCGUAAACGUUACCAUUCUCGAUAUAAACGAUAAUUGUCCGAUGUUUGUUAAUCUUCCUUAUUAUGCCGUCGUACCCGUGACCGCAAGCAAAGGCGAUGUAAUAACGAACGUGCACGCGGUAGAUUUGGACAAGGACGAAUACGGAGAAGUCAGAUACGAACUCGUUAAAGGACACGGAGAAUUAUUUAAAGUGUGUCGUAAAACGGGUGAAAUAUCUCUGAAACAAAAUCUAGAAGGUCACAACACCAAUUACGAACUUAUAAUAGCUGCUUACGACGGAGGAAUUAAUCCGUGUUCGACGGAAGUUCCGGUGCACAUAAAAAUUAUUGAUAAAUCAAUGCCGGUUUUCGAUAAGCAAUUCUAUACCGUUACCGUACCUGAAAGUAUUGAACUUUUAUCACCUUUGGCCGUCAACAUACAAGCAGUAUCUGCAUUAAAUAGAAAAUUAAUUUAUUCUAUUUCCAAAGGAAACGAUUUUGAAGAAUUUGCACUUAAUUUCAACACAGGCGUGAUUAGGGUAGUUGACGAACUUGAUUACGAAACGAAAAAAGAUUACGAAUUAACUAUUCGGGCUACAGAUGGAGUGACUGGAGUUUUUGCAGAAGUUCUUGUAAACGUACUCGUUGAAGAUGUCAAUGAUUGUCCACCGGAAUUUUCUCAAGAUCUUUAUAAUAUAUCUAUAUCAGAAGCAACGCCAUUCGGUACAUCUAUUUUCAGGGUUAUUGUUAAGGAUAAUGACACUGGAAUCAAUCAAAAAGUUAGAUUUGAAAUACAAAUGGAUUCCAGUAAUUCUUCGGAAUAUUUUCACAUAGAUCCGGAAGAAGGAACAAUAUAUCUUAAAAAAUCUUUAGAUCACGAAGUUAACAGUUACCAUCAUUUUACCGUGGUAGCUAACGAUUUGGGAGUACCCAGUUUGUCAAGUACGUCACACGUUUGGGUAAAUGUAAUCGACAUGAAUGACAAUCCUCCGAAAUUUGAACAACCCUCUUACAACUGUCUUCUGUCAGAACAUGCCGUACGUGGACAGUUUAUAACUGUCAUCACGGCGAGUGAUCCUGAUUUUGUUGAUCGUGAUAAGUUGUACUACGCCAUUGUUGGCGGAAAUGAAAAUCAAAUUUUUUCCGUCGACCAUUCCACAGGUGUGUUGACUCUUGCAAAUCUUCAAAAUUUUCAAGAGCACCAAUAUUUGUUGAACGUGUCAGUAAGCGAUGGAGUGUACACUAGUUUUUCUCGAGUCAGAAUUGAAAUUCUUCCCGCGAAUCUCCAUAAUCCAACAUUUGCUCAGCCCCAAAUAGAAGCUGUCGUGCGAGAAAAUCAACCUUCUGGCACUUACGUCACACAAACAUCAGCAACCGAUGACGAUUUCGGAACUUAUUCUGAAAUAUCAUAUUCCAUAUCUUCUGAAUUGAUGAGAGAAUAUUUUGAAAUAAACAAAACGACAGGAGUCAUAAGAACCAAAAGACAUCUUGAUCGGGAAAUAAAAAAACUUUAUGAAAUACCCGUGACUGCAUCUGAUCAAGGAGGACGUUUGGGAUUUUUAAACGUUCGAGUGAAAGUGAGAGAUGAAAACGACAACGUACCCGUUUUUCAGGUUUCAGAAUAUAAGGCUGCCAUACCUGGAAAUUUCACAGUCGAAUUAGGAUUUUUAAAAGUGAAAGCUACGGAUUUAGACGAGGAUAUUAAUGCAGAAAUUGAAUAUUCAAUAUCUCCACCGUACACGGAUAAAACUGAUGAACUCUUCGGUAUAAACUCUCAAACGGGAGGAAUCUAUUUAUUAAAAAGUGCAAAACCUUUUCAAAAUCAAUUAUUUCAAUUUUUUGUCAAAGCAGAAGACAAUGGGAAACCUUCGAAACAUUCUCACGUUCCCGUCGAAAUUUAUAUAAUGGGACCCAACGACGUAGCUCCCUUAUUCGAAAGAAAGGAUGAUAAAUUUUUCCUUUCUGAAAAAUCGGCCCCCGAAACUGUUAUAACGAGACUGAAAUUAGUGUCUAAUGUGACUGUGAAAUUCAGGAUAGUCUCGGGUUCGAUUGACAAUCCUCAAUUUUACGUAGAUUCUACCGGACAGCUAUCUUUGGCGCGUCCCUUAGAUAGAGAAGAAAGUAAUUUUCAUAAUAUCGGAGUAUUAGCAGAAAGUAAAGCGAAUCCUUCUUUGGCUGCUUUGACGGAAGUUUUGCUCAAAGUAUUAGAUGAAAAUGACAAUGCACCCAGGUUCGAAAGCACUCCUUAUGAAUGCACCAUAGCUGAAAACAUUGAAGAAGGUUCAUCGAUACUCAGAGUUAUAGCUCAUGACAACGAUUCGGGUAACAACAAGGAAGUCAGGUAUUCCUUGACGCAAGAUAAUGGAGACUUGGCGAAUAUUUUUGCCAUCGAUAGUUACACGGGUUGGAUAAGAACGCUUGUACCUUUGGACAAAGAAAAAAAUCCCGAAUAUAAUUUUCAAAUAAUGGCGACGGAUAAUGGAAUUCAGAAACAUUUUGCAAGAACGUCGGUUCACGUUAAAUUGAAAGACUACAACGAUAAUCCUCCGGUAUUCACUAGCGAGCAUUACACGGGUUCCGUGAGCGAAGAUGCACUUCCGGGAACAGUUGUCAUACAAUUGAACACGUUAGAUCUCGAUUCAGACUUAGAUUCUCGUGUCGAUCUUUAUAUUACGUCUGGAGAUAUAAUGGCACAGUUUCAGAUAAGGCAAACGGGAGAAAUUUACGUGGCCAAACCUUUGGACAGAGAACUUAUUUCGCAUUAUAAUUUGGAAGUAACUGCAACCGAUGGGAAAUUUGUGACGUCUACAAAAGUCAGCAUUGAAGUGAUUGAUGCAAAUGAUAAUCCCCCGUACUGUAUGAAAUAUCGUUAUCGUCACAUUCUCUCAGAAGGUGUUCUUCCGGGUACUUAUGUCACAAGCAUAGAAGCCGUAGAUAUAGACGAACAAUCAACAUCGAAUCUUCGUUUUUAUUUGACGGGCGAAGGUGCCGAAAAAUUUUCUUUAGAUAAAACUUUGGGUCAUCUGAAAACAGCUCUUCCUUUGGAUCGAGAAGAACAAUCAAAAUACCAACUUGUUGCACACGUUCAAGACCGUGACAAACCAAAAUGGGAGUGUUCGUCUGAAGUUUAUAUUUUAAUAUCUGAUUUAAACGAUAAUCCUCCGCAAUUCGAAAAAGAAAUGUAUUCUGCUACUUUACCAGAAGAUGUACAAAUCGGAACUUUGGUUACAAAACUCCACGCCACAGACAAAGACAUCGGUAUAAAUAGGAAGAUAAAAUAUACUUUUAUCGAUUCUGCUAAUGAACAUUUUAAAAUCGAACCUGACAGCGGAAUCGUCACAUUGUUAAAACCGUUGGACAGAGAACAAAAAGCAACUUAUAAUUUAUCCAUAAAAGCUUUCGAUCAAGGAACUCCUCAACUUUCACAAAUAACAAAGCUUUUGGUUUUGGUAUUAGACAUAAACGAUAAUCCUCCGGAAUUCGCUUACAAAACAUACUACGGAACAAUACCUGAAUCGGAACCUAUCGGAACGGAAAUAGUAAGAGUUUUAGCCACGUCAAAAGACACAGGAAUAAAUGCUGAAAUUUCUUAUUCCAUCGUCGGUGGAAACGAACAUAAAAAGUUUGAAAUUAAUCAAAAAACAGGAGUUGUAAAAAUUGUUGAACCGUUAGAUUUUGAAAGAGCCAAAGAUUAUCUUUUAACAAUUCAAGCCACGGAUGGUGGAGUCCCACCAUUAAGCAAUCAUGCUACUGUUAAUAUAACUGUGACCGAUAGCAAUGAUAAUCCUCCAGUUUUUAUUCAAAUGUCUUAUUCAGCUACAAUAAGAGAAGAUACACAAGUCGGUGAUAAAAUAUUGCAAGUGACGGCCAAUGAUCUUGAUAGUAAUCUUAACGGUCAAAUAAGUUAUUCGAUAAUAAACGGAGAUAGACAAAAUCAAUUUAGAAUCGAUAAAGAUAAUGGAUAUCUUAUCGUAAAUGCUCCUUUAGACAGAGAAAUGAUUUCUUCGUAUGUUCUUGAAAUUCAAGCUACCGAUCAUGGAAUUCCAGAACUUUCAAGCUCGGUUUUGGUUAAUUUGGAAAUUUCGGAUUUCAAUGACAAUCCCCCACUAUUUUCUCAGGAUAAUUAUACGGCUGUUGUGCAAGAAGACAAACCCCCGGGAUUCGUUAUAUUGAAAUUUCACGUUACGGAUGCGGAUGCCGGUUUUAACACGUCUCCAUUUACAUUUGACUUUAGAGCCGGAAAUGAAGGAUUAAUGUUUAAAUUAGCUCAAGAUGGUUCGUUGCAAACUGCAAAAAAAUUUAAUCAUCGAAUGAAGGAUAAUUAUCUGUUACACAUAAGAGUUUUUGACAAUGGAACGCCACCCAUGUUCAGCGACACGUUUGUAGCUGUUAAGGUUAUAGAAGAAUCUCAAUAUCCGCCAGUUUUAACGCCAUUAGAAAUCGUAGUCAAUUCUUACUUGGAUCAGUUUUCUGGAGGAGUUUUAGGAAAAAUUCACGCCACGGAUCAAGAUCCUUACGAUACUCUUACGUAUUCUAUAAAUCCUAAAAUUUCAGGUUCAAAAAUAUCUGAUUUUAUUAAAAUUGAUGCUCAAGAUGGAACUCUUACCGCUGUUUCUAUUCUUGAUGUUGGCGAAUAUCAAUUGAACGUUUCCGUUACCGAUGGAAAAUUUACCACAACUGCCGUAGCCAAAAUCACAGUCGAGCUUAUAACGGAAGAAAUGCUUGAAAAUGCUAUUAUUAUUAGAUUUAGAGGAGUUUCGGCUUCGAAUUUUGUUUUGAGUCACAAAAGAGGUUUUUUGAGAGCGAUUCGAAUGUCGUUGGGUGCUCGUCCCAAAGACGUUGUCAUUAUAAGCGUUCAACCCAUUCAAGGAAAAAAAAGAGCUACCAGAAAUCAUUUUUAUGAUAAGAAACAAAAAAUUUCAAAAAAAGGAUUCAACAGAAGUUUUAAUAAUCAUUCGAUAUCAUACAAGGUUUACGAUCAAAAAGACGUAACGAGUAACAAAAACCGGAAACCAAGACAAUUACACGAUGAAGUUGAACAAAGUAUGGGGUUAAUAGUAGAAGAAAUAAUUAGAGAUAAAUGUACACCUAAUCAUUGCGUUUACGGCACGUGCCACGACAGGUACGCUUUAGAUUCCAGUCAAAGUGCGACAGUUGCAACUGACGUCACGAGUUUUGUUUUUCCUAAAUAUGCUCAUAGAGUUAAAUGCUUGUGUCAAGAAGGAUACGCAGGAGAUCGCUGCGAAAAAAUAGUUAAUGAAUGCGCUCGAAAUUUAUGUCCUCGACACAAAAUUUGUACGCCAGAUGCAUCAGCCCAAGGUUAUUCAUGUCAAUGCCCCGAUGGUUUCACGGGGGAAUUUUGCGAAUUGGAUAUAUCUCAGUGUCACGAUGACACCUGCUACGUGCCGCGGAAUCCGAUUUCAUUUACUGGAAUGAGCUAUGCAAAAUAUAAAGUUGGAAAAAGUGUCUUGAAAAGAGCUUUAGAAUAUGAAAUGAAUCUUCAAAUAAGAGUUAGAACCGUUCAAGAAACCGGAACUCUUAUGUAUGCAAGCGGAAAAGUUGAUUUUAAUGUUUUGGAAAUCGUUAGCGGAGUGGCUCAAUACAGGUUUGAUUUGGGUAGUGGAGAAGGACUUGUGAGAGUCAGUUCAGUUUUUAUAAGUGACGGUCAGUGGCACGAAAUCCUUUUGGAAAGAAAUGGAAACAAUGCAAGAAUCGUAGUUGAUGGAAAACACGUUGCACAGGGAUCUGCCCCUGGUACCAAUGACGUUUUAAACGUUCAGGGUGACUUUAUUUAUUUGGGAGCAGAGAUUAAACAUCAUCCGUCAGUGAUUGGAGUUGAAAACAUUCAAAGAGGUUUUAUUGGUUGUAUGGAUGAUAUUAGAUUGGCAAAAGUUGCUCUUCCCUUACAUAUGUCAGGCACGUCUUCGGUGGCCUUUUUAAAACUUUUUUAUAAUAUAGAAUUUAACUGCAAUGCUGGAGCUGUUUUGGUGCCUUUGGGAAUUUGCGGAUCUCAACCGUGUAAGAAUGGAGGAACUUGCGAAGAUCUAGGAGACGGAUCGUACGAAUGCAAAUGUCAUCCAAGGUAUCGCGGAAUCAAUUGCGAAAUAGAUACGAAUCCGUGUCUAUCGUCUCCGUGCCUGUACGGCGGAAAAUGCAUUCCCAUAUCAGAAAAUGAUUAUAUUUGCGAGUGUUUAAUACGAUUAUCGGGUAAGAGAUGUCAGCACGGACGUCAUUGCUCACCCAAUCCUUGUCGAAAUGGCGGAGUGUGCGAAGAAGGAGAUAACGGUCCUAUAUGCAAAUGUCGCGGAUUCACGGGUGACACCUGCACAAUUGAUAUAGACGAAUGCAUGGCCGCACCCUGUUUGAACAGCGCAACGUGCAUAAAUACAAUCGGUUCCUACACAUGCGCUUGUCAGCAUAGCUUCACGGGAAAACUUUGUGCAAACUCUAUAUACUCUUCUCCCAUCACUUCAAGCAUAUACAAUUUAACAUUGGAAGAACUUAUUGGUAUAUUGGUCGUCAUCAUCGUUAUUCUUCUUCUCGUUUUCUGCUUUAUACUAUAUAGAAAAUUACGAACGAAAAGGAAUCGUCAGCACGGAAAUCACAUCAAUAACGAUACAAGGAAGGACAUGGUUCUUAAUUCAACUUGUAAAUCUAAUGACACGGAAUUCAAAAGAGGAUCCAAACUCAGCAAUUUAGAAAUCAGUCAGAGAGAACCUCUUCAAUGUGCACCACGGCCAGCAUCAUACACCGCAAGUUCAACUGAGCCCGGAGGACAUUUAGGACCCGUACAAACCCCUCUUAAUAAUUUAGAUACACUCAGAAGUUAUGGAUCUGCUGGUGAUGAAUUAGAAUGCGAUUUACCACCCGAUUAUGUUAGAAAUUUAAACAGAUCAACGCCGAUAAAUAAUCAUACUUCAAUUGAUUCCGAAUCUCUUUGCAAGCCAUCAUGGAACGCCGUCAUUCCACUAGUCAGUUUUUCCGAAAACAAUAUUAAAAACGAUUUAAAAUUAGGAAAUACAAAAAUUAUGGAACCGUUAAAAAUUCAAAAUCCGCGUUCAAAUGUUGGAAGAUCGAAUAUAAGUCAUUCCGAAGAAGAUACGAGAUAUCAUUGGGAUUGUUCAGACUGGGUUAGACAGGAUCAAAGACCUUUACCGAACAUAACCGAAGUCCCUGGAAGCGAAGUUCCAGAUUCAUCGAGUUUUCAUAGCAACGAAAGUAACGAAUCAAAUAAUCAACAUAACGUUUUACCACCUGUUUUAGGUCCAAUAGAUCCUGCAAGAGAUUUUGAUACUUUAAACGAAGAUGUUGAAUCUGAAUACGUUGGAGAUUCUGAAUGCGGUACUGAAUUCAAUUAUUCAGAUGGAGGAGUACCUCGAUUGAAUGCUUUAGACAGCGGAAAUGAAGAUUAUCGUUUUCAAUCUUCUGAUAGUUUUCUCAGACAUCCAAACACAUAUUUUCCAAAGUACAACAUUCCGAGCGAAACGGAUCAAAACGAGGAAAGCGAUGAUGAGUACAUAGGAUACGGUUUUCCGAAACACGAACGAUCCGCAUUACUGGGGAGUCACGGAAACCUGUCAACGAACGUUUGUGAAAUUGACGAAUCGGAACUUGAAGCACCCGAGCUUAAAAAACUAAAUCCGAAAUCCUGGAAAUCUGGAAGCGUGACGCAAACAGCCGUGUGA